UAAUUUUCGACACUUUUGUGAUUUUGUAACUCUCAGUUCCAAUGUCGGAAUCAAAAGAGUCAUCAAGAAAACGUGAAAAGACUAUGGUCGAUCUACAACCUUCCUGUUCCAACCUAAUAUCAUUGUUUGAUGAAUUUGUCAUUGAUGAUUCCAAAAAGGUUGGACAAAAGCGCGGUAGAGUUAAAGCUGAUUCAAAUGUCAACAUGAUUCCCAUUCACAAGAUUCCUCCUCCCUCCCAAUGGUUUUCAGUUUAUAAUGCUAGAAAACCAAUGGUACAAAGAUAUUAUUACAAUUUGAGUGAUGGAAGAUUGUUACAACAUAUUGAGAAAGGGAUUUCAGAUAAGUUUUGUAUCAGCUGUGUAUCAUCUUGUUCCAAUCAAUGGGCAGUUAUCAUGGAUGAUGAAACUAAGUAUACUGAUCAAGUUUGCAAGAUAUCAUCAUCAUUUUUACCCAAGGAAUGGAUCAUGGAACAAUGGAGUAAAAACUUCUUCAUUACUUCUUUUGCCGGGUCCGAGAAUAAAACCUCGGUCGUGGUGAUGUCGAAAGGUACGAGGUAUAGUCAACAAUCUUACAAAUUAAGCAGAUCUUUCCCUAAGGAAUGGGUAAACAAGAAGUGGAAACAAGGUUUUCACGUAACCUCGAUGGGCACUGCUGGAAUCCGCUGGUGUAUAGUCAUGUCUCGCAAUGCUGGAUUCACUGAUCAGGUGGUGGAACUUGAUUUCCUCUAUCCGAGUAAAGCAAUCCAAAAACGUUUGGAUAAGGGUUAUAUGAUUACAGCAACUGCGGCUUCAUUGGCUCAAUCGGCGGUUAUACUAAGUAUCCCGAGCAAGUUGCUCGGUUAUGAAACUCAGGAAACUCUAGUUACACCAAAGUUUCCAAGUGCUCAUGUUAAGGGAAAAUGGCCAAAAAGCUUUUAUCUUUCUCAUUUGUGCAAUGGGCCUAGAGUAUGCUGAUUGAUAUUACUUCCAGGGCUGUCUUUGAGGACCGGCUACUGAACGGGGCCAAAAGUUUGUCACACUUAAACCGUAGCUAAAUAGGGCCUCAUUUGAGCAAUGGGCCUAGAGUAUGCUGAACUCCUUUAACUUCAGAAUAUGCUGCUCUAUCAUAUAACAUCAUUUUCAAAAGACUAAUUGUGCCAGACUGUUGUAUAGCUUAUUUUUACUAAUGGGAAUAUGUCCAUCAAUAAAGCGUGUGUAUACCAAUUUGAUCCUUUUGUUUGUGUGCUUGAAAACAAUAUGCUAGAAUUAAUAUCAAUCAGUUAUCCUUACGGGAU